GAGAGGGCUUCCGUGUCAGAGAGGACUCGACAUUAUUGGUUCCGGUCCGAUUACAGAUCGAGCAUAUUUCCCACAGUGAGACGACUGCUGAAUAACUUUCCAAUUUAAUUACCACAAAAGCGUCUAUCGUCCACUCGUAUCGUAUUGUUCCAUGACAAGAAUGCAUCAGGGGACGGAGGAGAUUUUAAAAAUGAACGGCAGUGACUCUGGAAGAAACAAGUGCUUCGACUUUAGCAUUGAGAAUUUGUUGAGAGUUGAGACUGGGAGCAGAAAGGUGUCACAAACUUUCUCACAUGUAGGAUUUAUUAGAACAGAUUAUGCUACAUUGGGUGGGAUGGAUCUCCGUGGGAGUAAUUCUAAGACUGUUGAAUCUCAUCGUCAAAAUAUGGUCUCAUCUUCACCUUUAUCUCAAGAAAUGACUCGUCACGAAGAAGAAUCUCCAACCUUAUCCUGGCUCAACUGCACAAGAUUUAAUCCCCCAAAAGUUACCCGAUCCCGGAAACGACCCGGUGUUCAAGAAAGACGACCCGGAAGAGGUCCUCGAAUCCCAUUUUCCCCAGGACAAAUUUCCCUUCUGGAGAAGACUUUCUCCAAAUCUCGCUACCUUUCAAGCGACUCCAUUGCACGACUUGCGAGUGCUCUAAAUCUCAGCAAUGACAGGGUGAAAAUUUGGUUUCAAAAUCGUCGAGCUCGAUUCAAGCGGGAAGUAGGGUCACACUCUUCAGUUCGAGAUCAACUGUCCCCCAUUUCUCGCCCAUCCACGAGCCACACCCACUGGACGACGACCACCACAAGAUCCGCCAACUUAAUCAACCUUCUUCGAUAAGGCAUCCUGAAAUCCCAUUCUUUGCCACUCGUUCCUCCUCAACCUUCAGUGUAUUUCCACAGCUCUGCCAUCACGUCAACAUCAUCACGUCAUAGAUUCCUUCUUGGCUUGUCAGCCACUAAUGUUUUCAAAUGACGAACACGGCAGUUUUACAGGUCAAUUUAAUUUAAUUUGUCAAAAAAUCCAGUAAUACUGUAUAACACACACUAUAUCUUAUUAGCUUGUAAAUCAGUUUCAUCAACUCGAUUAACAUUUAAAUCCAUGACACAAAUGAUGCUGGAAACGUUGCUGGAAAUAAUAGUAAUUAUUUGAUGCAUAAUCAGAGACCAAAAAAUCAGGGGACACUCGGAUUCGAACCAAGGACCUUCCGAUCUGCAGUCGGAAGCUCUAACCACUGAGCUAUAUCCCCACGUACUUAAUGUUAACGCUCUCUCAACUCGCUAACCAUUUUGGCAUGCCAAUUCACAUUUCACAUCCCGUCAUUCUCAA